AAUUUGCAAAAGGAACAACAACAAGCAACAACAAGCAACAGAGCAAACGCGAGGAUGGCGGACGAUGACGAGCUGGACUCGAUUGUGAUGCGGCUGGAGCAAGGCCUUGAGGUGAAGGACCGCCGAUACCGCCUCAAGUCGUACAAGAACUGCUUCGUUGGGUCGGACGCCGUGGCGCUGAUGAUGUCCAGUGGGAUCACCAACACGGAAGAGGACGCAGUGCUCCUGGGCAACGUGCUUCUGGACGCGGGCUACAUUGCCCACGUCCUGCGUGAGCACCGUUUUGAAAACAAGCGCCUCUUCUACCGCUUCACAAAACAUGAAGAUCACGGUGCCCCAGCAUCGGAUGCCAGUAGCUGGGCAGCGUUUCUUGGCAGCAUGAAUGAAACAGACACGGACAGCGACUACGCUCGCGCAGACCAGCGCCGACGAUCCAGUGUGCAGGCAAGCCUUGACCUGGAAACGGCGAGCCAGCUCUCGCCCAUGGACACGCACAACCUGGCACUACUCAGCAAGGUGCAUCCAGCAGACUGGAAGAACCCAGAGCCCAAGAAGGCCUACGAUCUCGUCGUCAUCGGCGCUGGAGCAGGCGGCCUGGUGUCCGCUGCUGGUGCUGCCGGAACCGGCGCCAAGGUUGCCCUCAUCGAAGCCCGUCUCAUGGGCGGUGACUGCCUGAAUGUCGGGUGUGUGCCGUCCAAGGCGCUGCUGCACGCCGCUGCCGUCGUUGCACAGAUGCGCAACACUAAAGAGCUGGCAGACCUCGGCAUCUCCGUCUCGGGCACGGUGGAUGUCGACUUUGGCAAAGUGAUGGAGCGCAUGCGACGCCUUCGCGCUGAAAUCGCCGACAACGACUCCGCCCAGCGGUUCACGCAGAAGCUGGGCGUCAACGUCUAUCUGGGGCGAGCCAAGUUCACGGGCAAGCGCGAGGUGGUGGUGAACGACGACGUGCACCUCAAGUUUCAAAAGUGCGUCAUUGCCACCGGCGGCUCUCCGCGCCUUCCCGCCAUUGACGGGCUGAGCGAUGCAUAUCAGGCACAGAACCCUGAGCACCCGCUCAUCCUCACCAACGAGUCCAUCUUCAACCUCACCGAACUCCCAGCCCGCCUCGGCGUCAUCGGCGCUGGUCCCAUUGGAUGUGAGCUUGCCCAGGCCUUUGCCCGGUUUGGGAGCGAGGUGCAGCUGUUUGCGCGAAGCGGACACGUGUUGGCGAAGGAGGACCAAGACGCCGCACAGCUUGUGGAGGAUGCGCUUGAACGCGAUGGGGUUGAACUCAUCUUGGACGUCACCGCAUACACGCGCGUGCAUUGCGACGACAAAAGUGUGCAUGUCACUGUCACCCGCAAGGACGAGCCGGACCACCCCGUGACGUACUCCUUCUCACAGCUCCUCGUCGCUGCAGGCCGCCGUCCAAACGUCGGCGCGCUUGAUUUGGACAAGGCUGGCGUGGCGUUUGACGACAGCAGGGGUGUGCAUGUGAACGAUCGCUUGCAGACGAGUAACGACCGCGUGUACGCUGUUGGCGACGUGUGCUCACCCGUGCAGUUCACACACGCGUCAGAUUUCAUGGCGCGGAUGGUGGUGCGAAACUGCCUCUUCUUCGGCAAAGCCAAGUUCUCGCAGCUCAUCAUCCCCUGGUGCACAUACACGAGCCCCGAAGUUGCGCACGUGGGCCUCUCGCGGCGCGUGCUGGACGAAGAGGGCAAGGAGUACGACGUGUACGAGAAACCGCUGGCAGAGAACGACCGAGCGAUUGUGGAGGGCCAGACGCGUGGGUUUGUGCGCAUCCUGUGCAAGAAGCACACGGACAAGAUCAUUGGCGCAACCAUUGUCGCAGCGCACGCCGGCGACCUCAUCAGCGAGGUGACGCAGGCCAUGCAGACCAACACGGGGCUGGGCAAGCUGGCAGCGGUGAUCCACCCGUACCCAACGCAGGCUGAUGCCAUCCGUGCAUGCGGCGACCUGUACAACAAGACGCGCCUCACCACUUCCGUGCGGAAAGUGCUGCGGAAUGUCAUCAAAGUCCAGCGCUCCGGCACUCGCCGCUGACACUGGAUGAGAGGAGGCGUGUUGGGGGGGGGGGUUGCUUGCUUGUUUGCUUGCUUG